AUGUGCCACGCACUUCAGGCCCUGUCCAUCGUUAUCUGUUUCGUCGCGAUUAUCCGGCGGCCAGCUCGAGGUCGUGUGAUCCGCCUCAUCGAUCACACUGUGACGGAAGUUUCUGCGCCGGAAGCAACCAAACGUCGUAAAUGGAAGUAUCUCUAUCGACGGCGCUGCGAGGUAUUCAAUCAAGGCGUGGUCCCACUGCCUGCAUACUUCCAGCUGGACGCCAUAAUUCUUCGGGCUUGUAGAGCGCAGUGCGCACGCGACUACACCUCACCUCAAGUCCCUGAGUCAGGCGCACGCGACCUUGAGUCCCCGCAACGGCGGGAUAUUCGCCACAGGCUGGGCCCGAGUUCACCGUCAGUCGUCGCUCGCCAAGGUCUACGGGCGAAAGACCAGGAAGUACUUCACCAGGCGAUACAAUCAGACCUCCGUACGCUUGGCUGCUUGCUCCUUCUUGCGAUCGGAGGGCAAGUGAGCACCUGCCGCAUCACCUAA